AUGCUCGUCAGAAGAAUUAGUAGCCUGAACAAGCGCGGUUACUGCCUUGACAAGGAGCAAAGACUCGGUAGAAUCCACCAAAUACGAGUAGUAAGAGGUGAUGAUCGAUCUGAGGUUUUCUUGGAGCUUGUUGAAGAAUCUGAAGAACGAAAUGAGUCUCUCGGUUUCGGAGAUGUCAGUAGUGGUGUCUUCACCGUCAAAUGCCCAUCUGACGAUGGAAGCAAACAGUGGUCUGAAUGUCUUGUCGUUGAGUUUCAGAACGUAUUGAAUUCCACAUUUGUGAACAGAUGCCUCUACUCUAUUGAUGGUGUUGGAGUCCAGCUCCUUUUGGGCUCUGAAUUCCAGAGCAAGAAGCAGGAACUUGACAAAACCACCGGCAUUCGAGAUAGCGGUCUUUUUGUCAAUUUUCUCAAUGAUCAACUCCAUGAACGACAGAUAAAGACCAAUGGCCACGGUAUCAAGCCCAGAAACAAACUUCCACAAGGAAGACCCGGUAGAAUCGAUAUGAGUAGUGUAACGUUGGAACAGGUUGGACAGAGUAUCAAGAGCGGUUUGGGAAAGCUCGAUAUCCUCCUGAGAAACAAUAAUAUCCAAGAGUGGUGGCACAAGACGUGCAAUUCCCUCGUGUGCGUUCAAGUCUUCAACAUGUUCGGUAUCGAACUUGUAGGCAGUAAGCGAUGUAAUGUGAAUUCUUGUUCUCAAGGAAGAGUCUGGAGACUGAAGGAUUCCCAAAACAGAUUGAACAAAGUGCUCGAUUGGAAGCAAGCUUAG